CAAGACAAGGGAAAAUGUGAUGAAUGGCAGAACCCUGGAAGCACCGAGGAUCAGAAGAACCUUGGUGUGCACGAAGACCAGUCCUUUUAGCAGGACAGAAAUUGAACCCUGCCACCCAAGCUGGCGCAGAAUUGGACCCAUGCUCAGAUGAGGCACUUGGGAAACUGUUGUAUUCCACCUCCAGCAACAAACCUAAGGAGAGUAUUCGACUCAUUACCAAGGACAUGAUUCGAGAUCUGAUUAUUCCCACAGAGGAUCCCUCAGGCAAGACUCUGAUCAUGAGCCCUGAGGAGUUUGAACGGAUCAAGCAGGCUUCCCGAGUGAUCAGUGAGGAGGAACGUGAGGCCAUGCGUGUGGCGAACAAUGCAGAGAGAAUGCAGGCGGCGGAAAUGGCUGGUGAACGGAAAAGCUUCAUAAGAGCAAAAGAGCUUCAGAGACGUAAGAAUGAGAAGCUGAAUGAAGUGGAAGAGGCAGCACGGGACAGGGCCCUGUACCUGUUGGAAAAAGCAAAUGCCUUACGCCUAGAGCAGGAGGAUGAGAUUAAACAGAUCAAUGAGACCAUCACAGAUGCACGGUGUCAUGCAAUCCGGGAUGCCCAGAUUCUGGAGAAGGAGCAAAUUGAGAAGGAAAUGAUGGAGGAGGAAAAACGACUGGAUAAAAUGAUGGAGGUGGAUCGCCAGAAAGCUAUCAAAAUGCAGGAUGAGCUUGAACGUAUAAGGAAAGAAAAUGGGCUCAGGGCUAAAGCUCACAUCAUUCAGCAAAUUGAGGAGAGAGAACAAGAACGGAUGUUGCAACUAGAACAUAAAGCAUUGCAGGCUGUGGAGAGAGUUCAGGCAAUGGAGAGAAUGCAGCAGGAAGAUCUGGAGAAUUUGCAAAAUAAGCGUCAACAACAGAGAAGGAGACACCAGGAGAUCAAGGAAUCCAAUGAGCAAGUUCAGAAACAUCGAGAGCUGAUGCAACAGCUAGACCGGCAGGCCGAUCAGAAAGUACAGGAAUUCCAGGACGCCAAGAUGAAAAGAGAAGCUGAAAUUGAGGAGCAGCAGAAUCGCUUGAAGCGGGAGAAGGCAAUAGAAGUGGCUCGAUUGCAGGCCUUGCAAGAACGAGCACAUGAUCACAAAGCAGAACAGGAUGCACUGCGAGCAAAAAGAAGUCAGGAAGCUGCAGAACGGGAAUGGCGCAGGAAGGAACUAGAGGACGAGCGCAAGAAAGCAGAGGUGACAGCAAUGCUGAAGAAGUCUCGCUCAGAUCAAAUUCGGCACAAGCAACAUUUCCGGGCUGUGCAGGCAACUAAGGAACGACAAGAAUUUGAGAGAGUCCUCAAAGUACAGAAAGAGAAGAUUGAGAAGGAGAAGAAAGAGGAGGAAGACAAGAGGUAUGGCAGGACCAAGUAUGCCAAUGAUCUAAGGGAGCAGAUCAGAGAGAGGGAGCAGAAGCAUAUUGCAGAGCGGGCAGCAUUCUUUGAGGAAGGAACGCGUCUGAAGGAGGAAGCUUAUCAACGACGGCUUCGUCUCGAUCAAAUUAAGCGCAAGAAACUCGAAGAACUCAGGUCUGUUGGUCUUCCAGAGAAGUAUUGUCGUGAGAUUGAGCGAAGAUUGGCAGCUGUCACAGCUUAGGAGCAAAUUGUGUUGAAAUGGUGGCUAUAUUUGGAGAUUGUCUGUUCCAUGUUUAAUGUGGUCUCCAGUAACUAUAAAGAAUAAAUUAAACAUGA